AUGCAUUCCCAGAAGAGAAAACAGGAACAAGGACAUCGCCAUACAAAGCGAAGUCGAAAUAACCCUCACCCGACAAUGAAAUGGAAUGGUAGUUUACCAACCAGUCCUAGCUACAAACCGACUAGUCCUAGCUACAGACCAACCAGUCCUAACUACAGUCCAACCAGUCCUAGCUACAGGUCAACUAGUCCUAGCUACAAACCAACUAGUCCUAGGUUCAGACCAGCCAGUCCUAGCUACAGUCCAACCAGUCCUAGCUACAGACCAACUAGUCCUAGCUACAGACCGUCGAGCCCUAGCUACAGACCAACUAGUCCUAGCUACAGUCCAACCAGUCAUAGCUACAGGUCAACUAGUCCUAGCUACAAACCAACUAGUCCUAGGUUCAGACCAACCAGUCCUAGCUACAGUCCAACCAGUCCUAGCUACAGACCAACUAGUCCUAGCUACAGACCGACGAGCCCUAGCUACAGACCAACUAGUCCUAACUACAGUCCAACCAAUCCUAGGUACAGACCAACUAGUCCUAGCUACAGACCAACUAAUCCUUGCUACAAACCGACUAGUCCUAGCUACAGACAGACUAGUCCUAGGUACAGACCAGCAAACCCUAGAUACAGACCAACCAGUCCUUACUACAAACCGACUAAUCCUAGCUACAGACCAACUUGUCCUCGCUACAGAGCAUUUUACCCAAGCUUCAGAUCAGACCACAGCCAAACUACUGCUGAGCAGACAAAAAAGUUAUUUAGGAGACAUGCAAGCCCUGGAAGAUUUCCUUACUCCAAUUCAAAAAGGAAACAAUCUAUACACAAAGAUGACAUGAUGCAGCGUUUUUAUAGAAUCCAAGACUUUGAGGGAUUUAACGUGAAAUAUCUUGAUGAUUUAAAGUUUGUAUUGGCAUCGGACAAAACUUUCAGCGUUGAAAAUCUACAGUGCAUGAUGAAGAUGUUAGCCCAUCUGUUCGAAGAACACAACUCGGAUGUAUGUGAAGUGUUGAUGAAAUUUGAUUUCUUUGCACGAAAAGACCUUAUGGCAUUGAUAUCUGGUAUUCUAGUUCGUUCUGAGCUGACAAAUUCUGAUGAAGAAUUUAUUAGACAUUCCUCUCAGGUGCUGGUUGCUCUCUCCUUAGAUACUACAUUAAAGUCCAGUAAAGUGAAGGCGUUUUUGAAUCUAAUUCUUCAUUUGGUUAGGAGUACAAAUAACCAGGAAAUGGAAAAAACUUUAUUAGAAAUAUCAACACGAUUGGAUAUGAAGGAAAAAAGAGAAAAUCUAGAAGUCGACGAAAAGGGAGAAAUUGUUUUCUCUGAUUCAAUGAAAAAAGAACUAUCUACCAUGAGUAAAUUUCAAAUAUUACCGACAAGUACUAUGAUCCGGGACAAUGUGACCCCGAAAUUGAUACCGAGGCAGUUAAGACGUGCAUCAAAAUCCCAGGCGCACUACCUUGUAGAACAGUUUUAUCUAUUUUUGGAGGAUUUCAUUGGCCCACUAAGACAAGGAAUACAAGAUUACAUGGAACAUGCACUGGAUCCCGACAAGAACACAAAAGAAAGAUUUCGACAUGAAAGUGUCAGGCUUUAUGAAGGGAUACAUAUUCUGAAGAGGAAAUGUGUUCCUGAUUCCGGCAUAGUGAUAGAGGUGCAGUUUGAUGCAAAAGGAUUCAAGCGAAUACAGUGGGAUUUUUGCAAUUUUCUACAGUAUGGAAAUGUUGUCUGUUUAACUCACGGUAAUUGCGAGAUACUUUUAUACGCAUUAAUUGCAGAGCGAAACACCCAAAACCUGAAAAGGGGAAAGAUUUCACUGAGUAUGAUAGGACAUACAUUCCAAGAGGUUCAAGAAAUGAAGAAUAUGGCAAACGGACGUGUUGUGAUGCUGGAGAGUAAAGCCUUUUAUACAGCAUACCGGUACACACUUGAGUCCAUGCAAUCUAUUGCUAGAAAUAUGGUACUUUAUCCCGAGGAUGCUGGAAUUCCCUUUUCAAAGUAUAUUGUUGACCUCAGAACAGAGGUUCUCGAACCUCUCUACAGCAGAACAAAAGACGGUGAAGUACAACUUGUAAACUUUGAAUGUUUACUGACGCCCGUUGAGUGCAUAAUGGACAAGGAUUACACAAAAGUACCGCUUCUUGAUACAAGUAUGUGGCCCUCAGCAGAGGAAGUAGGCAUGGACGAGCACCAAUACUCAGCGCUUAAACUUUGUCUUACAAAGAAACUUGGAAUCAUACAGGGACCUCCGGGAACCGGAAAAACAUGGAUGGGUUUGAGAAUUGCAGAAGUUCUACUGAACAACAACUUGGGAAGUGACGAGGGCGAUAAGAAACCUAUAUUGCUACUAAGUUAUACAAAUCAUGCACUUGAUCAGUUCUUCAAUGCUUUGUUUGAUAUGGAUAGCCUCAUGAAACUGUUUUCAGGAACAACACAACCCUUUGUCCGUGUGGGUUCACGAAGUAAUGUUGAAAGAAUUCAGAGGUGUACUUUGACAGAACAUAGAAAACAAAUGAAAGGAAGCAGAUCAAAAAUUCAAUGGAAAAAUGUCAUGAAGUUAAAACAGGAGAUAUUUGAAAUAGAGUUGUGGUUAGAGAAAAUAAAGGACAGCAUUGUGUCUCCCAUAUUUCUUUUUCGAAAUAAAUAUAUUUCCGAGAAUCACAGUCGAUCACUUCAGGACAAACGUUAUCUCUGCAAUGGAACAGAUAUUAUUGCUAUCAUUUUUCAGUGGCUAGAAAUAGGCCCUCAGGGCAGGGAGUUUAGAGAUUUAUCCAAUACAGCGAAUACCGCAGAUACUCUGAAAAAUGAGCCUUGGGAGAUGGAUGAAAGCGAUGAAGAACUUUUUAUGUCACAUUUAGCAAGCAGGAUUGUAGAAGAUGCUGAUGAUUUGCGAUUUGACCAAAAGGGCUGUCUUCAAAAUGUCUUGUCAAACCUUCUCGUGACAAAGGAAUUUUUAAUUCCUAAAAAUAAGUCAACUCAACUGCAUCCUUUCUGGCAAUCUCUCAAACUACGAGAGAGGGAACAGAUAUUGGGUUACGUUUCCUUAAGAUUGCGGUUGGAUGUUUCCAUGAACUUGGAUGAAGUCCAGGAAGUGACAGAUGUUUGGUGUCUUACCAUUGACGAUAGAUGGCGAUUAUACAAGUUCUGGAUACAGCAAUUUCAAGAUGAGCUUAUAGAUAAAAGGAACAAACUUUUGCAAGAAUUUGAAGAAGAAAAUAGCAAAUAUAUAAAACAGAAAACGGCUGAAAAUAUCAAAAUAGUAUCAAAUUGCCAUCUUGUUGGUAUGACUACAACAGGAGCUGCACAAAAUAUUGACCUGUUGAAAAAGAUUCAACCAAGAAUUAUGAUUGUUGAGGAAGCAGCUCAAGUUUUUGAACAACACAUACUGGGAUGUCUUACUAAAGAUUUACAGCACCUGAUACUUAUAGGUGAUCACCAACAGCUUCGACCUUCAAUUAACAAUUACCAAUUAUCAAAAACUCACAAUACAGAUGUUUCGUUAAUGGAAAGACUUGUAAUAAAUAAUAUGCCGUAUGUAUGUCUAUCACAGCAACACCGUAUGCGCCCUGAAAUAUCUUCAAUGCUUACACCCACGAUUUACAAGAACUUGCAGGAUCAUUCAAGUGUGUUAUCGUAUGAUCAUGUACGGGGUAUGAAACACGACAUUUUCUUUCUUGAUCAUAAAAAUCAGGAGAGCCAAUCAGAAUACUCAACCAGUCAUAAAAAUGAAUUUGAGGCAGAAAUGGUUGCAAGAUUGUGCCGCUACUUAUUGUUACAAGGAUAUAGCAAAACAGAUGUGACCAUCCUUGCGACAUACAAUGAUCAGGUUAAGUUAAUCAGGAAUUAUGUAAAGAAUUUGGAAAAUGAUUUACCAGGCACAAGACUUGAUACAAAAGAUAAAAUUGCAGUUACGGCCGUAGAUAAUUUCCAAGGAGAGGAAAACAAAAUUAUUAUAUUAUCUCUAGUAAGAGGAAACGACGAAAGAAAAAUAGGUCAUCUGCAUGACAUCAAAAGAAUAUGUGUUUCACUUUCAAGAGCAAAACAGGGUUUCUUUGUCAUUGGAAACUUUCAAACCAUUCGGAAAAGUAGAACCUGGAGUGAAAUUAUUUCGAAAGCAGAAAUAGAUAAUAUCUUUGGAAAUUAUAUUCCCCUGCACUGUGUGAAUCAUCCCCAAACUAUUACAAAAGUAUCCAAACCAGCAGAUUUUGAUUUAGUGCCAGUUGGAGGAUGUAACGAGCCAUGUGGGUACCAGCUGAACUGUGGACAUACAUGCGACCUGAAAUGUCACGCAGAUGCAUCAUACCAUGAUAUGCCAUGUAUGAAAAAGUGUUUAAAAGAGAUGUGUGAUGAAGGCCAUAGAUGCAAAAAAGUAUGCUCACAUCCUUGGCCAUGUGGACCAUGUGCAGCUUUAGUAACAAAGGUUUACACGAAAUGUAAUCACAAAGUACAAGUUAAGUGUUCUACAGACUUAGAAACCUACCCCUGCCGAGAGAAAUGUAGCAAAACGAACCCCUGUGGUCAUCUUUGUCAACUAGAUUGCGGCAUCCAAUGCCAGCCAGAUCAAUGCUCAGUUUUAAUUCCAGUUAUUCACCCGAGGUGUGGGCAUGAAAUAGAAGCUCCAUGCUGUAAACACUCCAAACCAAAGAGAUUAAAAUGCAAGCAGAAAUGUCAGACUAUUCUGCCUUGUGGUCAUGCAUGUAAGGGAGACUGUUUCUCUUGUUCUAGUGGGAGGCUUCAUGUAGUAUGUGAGCAAUUAUGUCAACGUGUCCUGGUGUGUGGCCAUUCUUGUAACAAUAAGCAUUCAUGUUCUACAGCUUGUCCACCUUGUAAUAAACCCUGCACGUCUGGUUGUAGCCAUUUGGGAAAACGUGGUUGUCGUCGAAAAUGUGGCGAAAAGUGUAUCGAUUGUAGGGAACAAUGUGACUGGAAAUGCGAUGAAUAUUGCGAAAACAAGUAUUGUUGCAAAAAGCAAUGUUUUGAAGAAUGCGAUAGACCACCUUGUAACAGAAGAUGUAAUCGAGAUUUGCCCUGUAAGCAUCGUUGUGUAGGUUUAUGUGGUGAACCCUGUCCUAAGCUGUGCAGAAGAUGUGACAAAGAGGAAUUAACUACAAUUUUCUUUGGUGAAGAGGACGAUCCAUAUGCAUUAUUUAUUGAACUUGAAGACUGCAAACACGUCUUUGAGGUUAAAGGCUUUGAUAAGUUCAUGGAAAUGGAGGUGGAAAGAAAUGAUGAUUCGGUUUCAGAAAGUCAUGCAAUAAAACUUCUGCGAUGUCCUUUAUGCCAGACACCAAUACGACGCAGUAAAAGAUACAAAAACAUAAUAAUGCAAAAUUUAAAGGAUAUGAACAUGGUGAAAUCAGUUGCGAAAGAAAAAGUAUCAUGUGCUUUGAAUACAGAAGAAACCGUUGAGCAACGAUGUAAGCUUAGAAAAGCUAUUGUAAUUUUGAGAUUUAAUUUAAAUUUAUCCAAAUCGAAUUAUGACAUUGAAUUCUCAAACAAAAAAGCUGAAAAACUGUUUACUUUCUUUGUUCCAAAAUAUAAAGAAAAGUUUGAUCAGAUGAUGGAAAAAUCUUCAGAAGAAGGCACUGAGAUAAUAGAUCAAUUUGACAUGCUUAUUGAAUGGCUUUUACGACACAGACAUACAAUGUUUACCGAAUACGAGGUCAAACAAUUCAGUGAAGAAGUGGACAGAUUCUUUCUUUACGUAGACUAUGCAUUGCUCCUUCAACAAGUGGAUUUGAAAAAUCCAUCCCAAGUCACCGAAAAAGACAGAGACUUACUAAAAGAGCAAGUUUCUAACUUAAGAUGGCCAAAUUCUAAGCAACUGGAAAUAGAGGAUAUAUUACAUUCCAAGGAGGUCCUGAAGACAAUGCAAGAAAAAAUACCUCUUACAGGUCUAGGAAUAUCGGAUGAGGAAAAGGCAAUGAUUUUGAAGGCCUUUAAUUUUUCCAAGAAGGGACACUGGUACAAGUGCAAAAAUGGUCAUAUUUACGCAAUAGGGGACUGUGGCGGCGCAAUGAUGGAGUCCAAAUGUCCAGAGUGUGAUGAAACGAUUGGUGGUUCUUGCCAUCAGCUGCGAGGAGACAAUGAGGUUGCCGGAGAAAUGGACGGCGCGACAUUUUCAGCCUGGUCUGAACAAGCCAACAUGGCCAAUUACGAUUUCCAUGAUAGAGUUUGAGGCAAUUUUACCAUCUCUUUAGUUUAGAGGAUUUACUUCCGAAGGAUACCUGUAAACCCAUCUCUUUCAAUCUACACAACGCCUUUAGAGAAUAAAAGAAAAUCUGGUUGCCACUUUUCUGUGAA